AUGAAAGGGUAUAUUUCUGAUGGAUCGUCCGGAUCGCCGCUGUUCCAUAUCCAGGGGCAUGGUUCAUCCGGAUGGGGCAAGUGGUCGCCGUCGAUGUUGCUUGUCAUGUCAUCGUCGUUUUCGAGCCCGGUGAUCAUAUCUGGACGGGGUAAGAUUACUGAUAAGCAGGAGCCUCAAAAGACACUAUCAUUUGUGGUAAACUCAGUGGUCUUCUCAAAUGACGGCCAGCGACAUGCAUCAGGGUCCAAUGAUCGGACGGUCAAGAUCUGGGAUCCCACUUCGGGUGAUUGCCUACAGACUCUGUUUGUUGGCAGGACUGUAGGUCGACUUUCAUUCGAUCUAACAGACAUUUUCCGGCUUUCUACAGAGAUCGGAGCCUUUCACCUGGACUACCAUUCUGCCACGGCUAAGUCAGAUAGCGAGAAGGCUGCACCCUACGAUUCUAUCCGUUCCAGUUAUGGCAUAAGUACCAAUGGCAUAUGGAUUGUGAAUAACGGACAGAAUGUGCUUUGGCUACCUCCACAGUCUCGUCCGGAAACUUUUACGGUAGCAGAUUCAACAGUGGCCAUCGGCUGUCGGUCAGGUUGUCUCUUAGUGAUGCGUUUUCAACGGAUGUGA